AGGAGUGGGAUACCCAUAACAAAACUAGGGUUUCCAAUUGUAGUUCGAAUUGGAAAUUCUGUUCACCAAAUCUAAGGAUUUCUCGUUAUGUAAGGCGGCUGCCGGCUGGGAUCGGAACGGUUGAGAUAGAUUUGCCGAUGGCGCCAAAGAUGCCUGAUUGGUCGGAAUUUCCACCUGAACUGUUGGUUUCCAUAGGUAGAUGUUUGAAUCUUAUUGAAGACUACCUAAAUUUUGGCUCUGUUUGCAAAUCCUGGCACUCUGUAGCCACCAAGAACAAUUUUAACAAUGACUUAACUAGAGCUCCUUGGUUGAUGCUAGCGGAGGAAGAGGAUAAUGAGGUUAGGAAAUUCUUCAGCCUCUAUAAUGGCAUGAUUUUGAACAAGAGAAUCCCCAAAGCUAGCAGAAAACGGUGUUUGGAGUCUAUGGGAUGGCUUAUCACGGUAGGAGAAGAGGGUGAAAUUAGUCUGCUACAUCCCUUCUCUGGUGUUCACAUUGAAUUGCCUCAUGUAAAUACAACAGAAGACUACUACAAUCAAGAGAUUGACCCAGUGACUUGCUUUAUCGGUAAGGCAGUUUUGUCAGCUAGUCCUUCUAAUACAUCCGACUACAUUCUCAUGGUCAUUGACGGAAACUUCUGGGACCUCAGAUUCUGGAGACCUGGAGAUAUUAGAUGGACUAAAAUCAAAUUUGAAGGAAGCAAUUACUUUUCUUUUACUGAUAUAAUAUUUUUUAAUGACCAAAUUUAUUCUGUGGAUCAAUCGGGCUGUCUCUUAGUUUGUGAUGUUGCUGAAGUUGUUGGCCCUCAACUCACUAAAUGCCAUACCUUAGCUCAGAUACCAACUGAACCUCAGGAUACGCCAGAUCACUUGUACAUUUUAGAAUCACUAGGAUCAUUAUUUGUAAUUGCGCGAUAUGGUGUUCAACUUAGGUUAGUCCAAGAUGAUAGCGACAGGAUUCCGUUAACGCUCUUACCAGAAGGAGAUACAAGCGAGAAUGGGCUUUGGGAGGAUAUAACAUAUGGGACAAAAAAAUUUCGAGUUUUCCAGUUUGAUUCAGCUGCUGUCAAAUUGAUAGAAACCAGGGAAUUAGGGGACGCAGCUUUUUUUGUAGGUGCUAAUGCUUCUAUUUCAGUCCAAGCUUCUCAAUGUCCAGGAAUCAAGCCCAAUCAUAUUUAUUUUACAGACGAUUUUUAUGAAUCAUACCUCUCCUACGAUGAAGGAGGAGGCUUGGACAUGGGGGUGUUCAAUUUAGCAGAUGGCAGGAUCCAGCCGCACUACAAAGGUGUUUCCCUUAGUCGUUUUUGUCCUCCAACUUGGGUAACACCAACCCCGUAUUGAGUCAUACAUAUACUCAUCCUUUAUUAAUUCUGUUAUGUUAGGUUACUUUUUAAGCUUUUAAUUUAAGUAAUUAGUGUUAUUUACUUUCAAAACUGGUUGAUGUACCUUUCUUAUUGGACAAAAUAUAAUCCAAUUAGUUGUUAUACUU